GCUCCGUAGCUUUCAUUCCAAAUAUUCCAUACGCAUUGAGAAAAAGAAAAUCCCAUCUUCAUUAAUGGCGGCUCAAGAGGAAUCAAAGUGGGAAGGAAAAGCCACGGCGGAGCUAAAAGGCGCAAAAGCGCAGAAAGUAUGGGAAACCCUCCUCCAAGACUUCUCCGCCGUCCACAAAUGGCUCCCUGCCGUCGACACCUGCGAUCUCGUUGAAGGGGCGAAGGGGGAGGUUGGGGCGGUGCGGUACGUGGGGUCCACCGUGCCGGCGUCGGAGGAGGGCGGCGAGGCGAAGGUGAACUGGUGCAAGGAGAGGCUGGUGAAGGCGGACCACGGCGGCCGGAGCCUGAGUUAUCAGGUUCUGGACAACAACGUUGGGAUGAAGGAGUAUGUGGCGACGCUGACGGUGUUGUCAUCGGACGGCGGUGGUGAGUUGGGGUGUCAGAUCGAAUGGUCCUACGUGUCUGACCCGAUUGUUGGGAUGACCCGGGAAGGCUUCUCGGGUUAUAUUAGUUUUAGCCUUCAGGCCAUGGCUGAGAAAAUGGACAAAGAGUUGCAGUCUGCAGCUUAGAAAAAGGUUGGUGGUAAAAUGGUAAUUUUACUCUCAAUAAGUCAUCAAAGACCCUUAUGGAGUUGAUCAUUUGGCUUUUAUGUAUUAUUGUAUUUUAAUAAGUUGAAUUGUAUUCACCUUAUGAUUAAAUAAAACAAAAAAUACUACUGUCCAUGUUCUCUUGCAAAA